CUUUAAAAAAAGGGUUGGCCCUUUUUGUCCUUACUGCACCUUUUCAGAAGGGCUCACAUGCAAAGCUGGGUCUUGAUGGUGGCGUCGAGGAGAACCAACCAGACAGACGACUUGACUUUGCAGCCAUGGACCUUUAGAGCCGACCGACUGUGAGAGACAAUCGUAUUUGCACCUUUCGCCUGAUCCAGGAGCGCUGAUCAUCUUAUCCACAACGGGAGUUCUGCUUGUCAAAACUUGCUGCUUCCACUCGAGGACAUCAUGCCGCUGAUGGCCCUCGGCCGCUGGCUCCUGCUCCUGUGUGGGCUGCCUGCUGUGUGGGCACAGGACCACAGGAGACACCAAGAGAAGGGGGUGACUUCCAGGAGGAACAGUAGGCAGUUCUCGUCCAAUUACGUGCCAAAUAACGGCCAACUGCCUACAGAAGACGGCUGCAGUGUGGAGUUGGCCUUUUUGAUUGACAGCUCGGAGAGCGCCAAGGACAACCACGCCCAGGAGAAGCAGUUCGCCUCGGACGUGACGGAGCUGCUGCAGGGCCUGCGCCUGCCGAGCGGCCGCAGCAUGGCCAGCCGCGCCGCCCUCCUCCAGUACAGCAGCCACGUCAUCGUGGAGCAGACCUUCGCCCAGUGGCGAGGCCCCGACGCCUUCAAGGCCCGCGUGGCCCCCGUCACCUACAUCGGCCACGGCACCUACACCACCUACGCCAUCACCAACCUCACCCGCCUCUACCAGGCGGAGUCGCCCGCCGCCGCCGUCAAGGUGGCCUUCCUGCUCUUCGACGGCGUCUCGCACCCGAGGAACCCGGACAUAUUGGCGGCCGUGACCGACGCCAAGAGCCAGGGCGUUCACUUCUUCGCCGUCGGUAUCACGCCCCAAGCCAAGGAGCCUGCCAACAUCGCCCAGCUGCGGCUAAUUGCCAGCUCGCCGGCCUCGCGCUACCUGCACAACCUGCAGGACAGAGGCAUCGUGGAAACGGUCAUCCAUGAAAUCAUAUCCCUGGCAGACGAAGGGUGUCCCCUUGUUCACAGCCUGUGUGCAUGCGAGAAGGGCGAGCGGGGAGCCAGCGGCCCCGCGGGCAAGAAGGGUCGUGCUGGAGAAGACGGCAGCCCAGGAUCCAAGGGACAGAAGGGCGAAAGUGGGCUCAGCGGACUCCCAGGUCGGGAUGGCACGGAGGGAAAAGCAGGAUACAAAGGAGAGCAGGGAGAGCGAGGCGAGUGUGGCACACCUGGGAUUAAAGGAGACCGAGGCCCUGAAGGCACCAUUGGUCCCAGAGGGAAUCGUGGACUUCAGGGCUUGGCUGGACCUCCCGGUGAUGUCGGACCCGAAGGUGUCACCGGUAAAAAAGGGGAACGAGGAAUUCCUGGUCCACCUGGAAUCCAAGGGGAAACUGGGUUUGGCCUUCCGGGACAAAAGGGCAAUGUUGGGUCCCAAGGUCAAAUGGGAGUUCCGGGUCCAGUGGGCCUUGGCGAGCCUGGACCACCAGGGCCUCAAGGGCCACAGGGGGUCCAAGGAGAGCGGGGGCCUCUAGGAGAAGGCCUCCCUGGCCCAAAGGGGGAGCGAGGCCUGGAGGGGCCCCGGGGCCCCAGAGGACUGGCGGGUAUUGGAAUGAAAGGAGACAAGGGCGAGUUGGGCCCUUCGGGUCCUGCAGGGCUCCUCGGCCUGCCAGGUGCGGGCAUCCAGGGCGAGAAGGGCGUUGAAGGUCCCAGGGGGCCACCGGGCAUGAGGGGCCCACCAGGGGAAGGCCUGCCUGGACCCAAGGGAGACCAGGGCCUCCCGGGUGAGGUUGGCGCUCCAGGACUGACAGGAAGGGGAGAACCUGGAGACAAGGGGGAGUCGGGAUCACCCGGGUUCUCGGGGUUCCCGGGUGUGCCAGGGGAGGAUGGAGCACCUGGACAAAAGGGUGAGGCAGGAGCGGCGGGUAUCAGGGGCCCAGAAGGGCCACCUGGGAUUGGAACCCAAGGCGAAAAGGGGGACCAGGGUCAAAGGGGAGUAAGAGGCUUGACUGGGCCGCCUGGCGUUAGUGGCCCAUCAGGACCCAAGGGAGCACCAGGAGCUCAAGGCAGGCUGGGUUUACCGGGUCCACCGGGACGCUUUGUUACAGGACCCAAGGGUGACAUUGGACCAAGCGGCCCUCCUGGUCCGAUUGGAGAGACCGGCUAUGGGCUUCCUGGUCCAAAGGGUGACCGUGGAGUUCUGGGCCCUCCAGGUCCAAUCGGUCCGAAAGGAGAAGGUUAUCCUGGACCCAAUGGCCCGCCCGGUCUAACUGGACUUCCAGGAGAACCUGGCCUAGAGGGGAUUGGCUUUCCUGGACCAAAGGGGGAUAUUGGUUUUCGAGGGCUGCCUGGUCUACCAGGACCUCCAGGUGAAGGUCUCCCAGGACCGCAGGGUCACACGGGGCGACCCGGGCCCCUAGGCCCGGUCGGGCCGCCAGGACUUGGAGUCCAAGGACCAAAGGGUGACCAGGGUGUCCAAGGUGUGACAGGACCCAGGGGCCCCCCUGGAGAAGGUUUUCCCGGAGCCAAGGGGGACCGAGGCACCGCAGGGGAGAGGGGUCUGAAAGGCUUGAGAGGCGAGAUGGGUGACCCGGGAAGUCCAGGGCAACCCGGUGCAACUGGUGUCAAAGGAGAAGCCGGCCUCACGAGGGAUGACAUCAUACGACUCAUCAAAGAGAUCUGCGGGUGCGGGGUGAAGUGUAAGGAGAGGCCCAUGGAGCUGGUGUUUGUCAUCGACAGCUCAGAGAGCGUGGGCCCAGACAACUUUGAGAUCAUCAAAGACUUUGUCGCCGCCCUGGUGGACAGAGUCACGGUGGGCCGCAACGCCACCCGGAUCGGCCUGGUGCUGUACAGCCUGGAGGUGAAGCUGGUGUUCAACCUGGCCCGCUACGUGAACAAACAGGACAUCAAGCAGGCGGUCCGGAACAUCCCCUACAUGGGCGAGGGCACCUACACGGGCACGGCCAUCCGCAAAGCCACCCAGGAGGCCUUCUACAGCUCCCGCCUGGGCGUGGGCAAAGUGGCCAUCGUGAUCACCGACGGACAGGCGGACAAGCGGGAGCCGGUGAAGGUGGACAUCGCCGUGCGGGAAGCCCACGCCGCCAACAUCGAGAUGUUCGCCCUCGGCAUCGUCAACACUUCGGACCCCACGCAGGCGGAGUUCCUCCGAGAGCUCAAUCUGAUCGCCUCCGACCCCGACGCUGAGCACAUGUUCCUCAUCGAUGACUUCAACACCUUGCCAGCUCUGGAAUCCAAGUUGGUCAGCCGUUUCUGCGAGGACGAGAACGGAGCACUGAUAUAUAACAGCAUCACCAACGGAAACAGCGGUGACAACGGGAGGUAUGCCAUAGGCGGCUAUGGGUACCAGCCGGCCGUGGAGCAGAACCUCAGCCAGAGGGGAGCCAGUAAAGGACAGCGAGGGUACGGGGAGACGGCGCAGUGGGGGACUGAACGUGGGGACACUUUUAACCGCGUCAACACAGACUUCAAGCCUUCCUCCAGAGAAGAGUCCGUCCCGUCUUCGACUGUCAAUGUAACGUCUGGCCAGCCCAGGCCUUCUCUUCCCAAAGAGACCACGCCCUUGGACCCUCGCUGCGCCCUGCCCCUGGACCCGGGCUCAUGCCGCGAAUACAACAUCCAGUGGUACUACGACAAGCAGGCCAACGCCUGUGCUCAGUUCUGGUUCGGAGGCUGCAACGGCAACAGGAACCGCUUUGACACCAAGGAGGAGUGCAAGAGGACUUGUGUGCGAGCCACAUCUCAGGGAAGCUGAGUGAAGAAAUCCGUCUGCUCCAUUCUGGUUUUGCUUCGCCAUCUUCAUUCCGCCUACUCAGGAACGAGGCUGUCUGUUUCCUCUCCCCAUGGGAACAGAGUGUUGUUGUUUUUUUAUUUUCCUACAGUCAUACAGUCUCCGAGUGACAAUUGACUGCCUUCAGGAACGCCAGUUGUACGUCCGACUUUAACUUGUUUUCUUUUGGUGACAUUACACCUUGGACACAAUUUGAUGCCAUUGACCACACAAAUGUUGGAGAAAGAGUUGGUUUUGAUCACAUUGUUAAACUGAUACCUCUCCUGGGGCGUCAGUCUAAACAACAGAUGUCAAAGUGGUUUUCAUGGGGGGCCACAUGGCAGUUAUGGCUGCCAUCAAAAGGGCCGCUUGUAACAGCGAAUAAUGUAGGAAUUUGAUUUAAUUAUUAAUUUUAAAUAUAUAUAUAUAUAUAUAUAUAUAUAUAUAUAUAUACAUAAUAUACAAUUAUUUUGACUGAGCUGCCAGUUUUUGACAGUAAAAUCUACAGUUAUUUUUAACAGUGAAUUACUGUAAACGGAAAGACGGUACGUUUGUUUUUUACCGUAGAAAAACUGGCGUCUUAAGUUGCCAGAAUAAAUAAAGAACUUGUACUUGUCACAAUCCGCUACUUGGAUCAUGUCAUGUUCUGGUUUAGUUCUGUUUUUGUAUCACAUCUGGUUAGUUUGUCUUCCUUAGUUCCUGGUGGCACUUCUUGUUUGCUCCGUUCCCUUAGCAACGCAGUUGUGUCACCUGGCUUCUGUUUGUCACGCGCACCUGCUUUUUGACUAUUCCCUGUAUUCAAGCCUGCUCUUUUUGUUCCUUCGGUCUCCCAGUGUAAUUUGCUCUUGAUGCGAUCCCGCAUUGUGCUGAAUACCCUUUUGACCUCGAUUAGCUUCCACGCUAUCGGUUUGUUUAUUUCCCGAGCUCAUAUGCUAGCGUCUUUUGUUCCGUCUAGCUCACAUGCUAGUUCUGUUGGUUUUGUCUAUAGUGCCUUUGUGCAAGUGUUAUGUUCUUAGUUUGUUCUUUAGCAUAAAUAAAUAAUUUCUUACCUUUACGCUGUGUCUUAUCCGACUGCAUAAUUGAGAGAACGCAACCGCAUCACCUCAAUGCCAGCGAAACGUCACAGUACUGUUUUUCCAUGAACAAUAUCAUGUUGUAAAAACGAAUGUUUCGGGCAUCUGGUCAGGAUGCCCCCUGCAGGCCUCCCUAUGGAGGUGUUUAGGGCCCGUCCAGCCGGUAGGAGGCCACGUUGGGAAAACUAUGUCUCCCGGCUGGAAUGGGAACGCCUCGGGAUCCUCCGGGAAGAGCUGGAUGAAGUGGCUGGGGAGAGGGAAGUCUGGGCUUCCCUGCUUAAGCUGCUGCCCCCGCGACCCGACCUCGGAUAAGCGGAAGAAGCUGGAUGGAUGGAUGGAUGGAUGGAUGGAUG